GUGACUUUCCCAUCUUGCAGGUCGCCUCAUUUGUUUAUUUAGCACAAACGCAAACUCCGUUCGUUCCCCACCACCAUCUCGUCCAAAACCUAGAAAUUCGGAGUGAGAUUGUGUUCGUCCGUUUGCUUUCGUUUUUUCGAGAUCCGUGAGGAGGGGGAGAGACAGAUCCGUCGCUUGCUCCCAGCUCGAGGUUUGUGACGAGCGGAUUCGACGCGCGCCUCCGAAGUUCUUCCUGGAACUAAUUUGAUGUGCUAUGGAAUCCAAGGGUGGUAAAAAGUCCAGCAGUAGUCGUUCCUCCCUCAUGUACGAAGCUCCCCUCGGCUACAGCAUCGAGGACGUCCGCCCUGCAGGCGGCAUUGAGAAGUUCCGCUCCGCUGCCUACUCAAACUGCUCCAGGAAGCCAUCCUGAUAAUCCCUCUCGUGCCCCAUCCUAAUUGCUUAGAAUUCCCUCCCCUUUCAAUUCAUCUUCCUAAAUUUUCUCUUGCUAGCUGCUUUUCUCUGACCAGCAAAGCCUUUUCUCCCUCUACCAACCUUCUGAAACAAUGGCCGUCUCUGCGAUUGGGUUCGAGGGAUAUGAGAAACGCCUGGAGAUCACUUUCUCUGAAGCGCCAGUCUUCACUGACCCCAAUGGCAGGGGAUUGCGUGCGCUCUCUCGUGCCCAGAUCGACUCGGUCCUUGAUCUUGCCAAGUGCACCAUUGUAUCUGAGCUCUCCAAUGAGAAGUUUGACUCGUAUGUCCUUUCUGAAUCAAGCCUCUUCGUGUACCCGUACAAGGUUGUGAUCAAGACCUGCGGUACCACCAAGCUCCUGCUGGCCAUUCCAAGGGUUCUUGAGCUUGCUGAGGAGCUGUCCCUGCCACUUGCUGCUGUGAAGUACUCCCGUGGGACAUUCAUAUUCCCUGAAGCACAGCCUUCUCCACACAAGAACUUCUCUGCCGAGGUUGCCUUCCUGAAUGGCUUCUUUGGUGGACUCAAGUCUGGCGGCAAUGCCUAUGUCAUUGGUGAUCCUGCAAAGCCAGGCCAGAAGUGGCAUGUCUACUAUGCCACCCAGCAGCCUGAGCAGCCUGUGGUCAACCUUGAGAUGUGCAUGACUGGUCUGGACAAGAAGAAAGCUUCUAUCUUCUUCAAGACCUCUGAUGAUGGCCACACAUCUUGUGCCAAGGAGAUGACCAAGCUCUCUGGCAUCUCUGAAAUAAUCCCGGAGAUGGAGAUCUGCGACUUUGAUUUCGAGCCAUGUGGCUACUCCAUGAACGCCAUCCAUGGCUCUGCUUUCUCCACCAUUCAUGUCACCCCUGAGGACGGCUUCAGCUAUGCUAGCUAUGAGGUCAUGGGGUUGGACCCUGCCUCCAUGGCCUAUGGUGACCUGGUCAAGAGGGUGCUGAGAUCCUUUAGCCCGUCUGAAUUUUCUGUUGCUGUGACCAUCUUCGGCGGUCACAGCCUUGCUGGCACCUGGGGGGAGAGGCUGAAUGUUGGGAUCUAUGAUAGUACCAACAUGGUCGUCCAGGAGCUGCCUGACGGGGGCGCUCUCAUCUACCAGAGCUUCACUGCUGUCGGCGAAGACUUCACCGGGUCACCAAGAUCUGUCCUGAAUUGCAACGUUGAUGGCAAUUUAGUUACUGCCUGCAAGAUGGAUGCUUUCCUUUGCUGGGAAGACGAUGCUGCGCAGGAGAAGGAUGAGAGGGGGGCUGGUAAGAAGAUGAAGAGCUCCUGAUGGUGAUGCUAGCUGGUCUGAAUGAGCUUGUUGCGUCAGUUUGUUCUUAGAUUUCCUUUUCCUGCUCCUGUCCUAGUACUCUGUUAUGGGCAAGUGACGUGAAAAUGGUUAGCGUUUUCUGCCAGUGUGAGCGAAUGUAUGGAAAUGCCUGCAUCUGGCUGCAUGGUUUAUGAAUAUAAAGAAUAAGCCUUGUAUUGAGCAAA